AUGUUGCCUAAUCGUGGUGUACAGCUUAGGCAUUUCGUCGCUGCGCUUGGAAAGAGCUCAAAGAGCUCGCGUUCGAGGGGGAUAACCUCAACCUCCGCACGCUUGAAUCGCGAAACAUUUGACGCAGCGAACGUUGAGAGAGCCGAGGACGAUGUCGAUGUUUGCAUAGUCGGAGGAGGACCAGCCGGGCUCAGUGCUGCCAUCCGCAUCAAGCAGCUAGCACAGGAGAAUGACAAGGAGGUCCGAGUGGUAGUACUUGAGAAGGGUAGUGAGACAGGUUCACAUAUAGUUUCUGGCGCUGUCAUAGAGCCUAGAGCCUUGAAUGAGCUACUUCCUGAGUGGAAGUCCAUGUCGGGACAUCCAUUGACGCGACCUGCAACCUCCGACUCCAUGCUCCUCCUCACUAAGAAUUACCACAUACCCCUGCCCCAUCCCCCUCAAAUGUCCAACAAAGGGAACUACAUCGUCUCGCUGUCUCAGUUCACCGCCUGGUUAGGAUCUGUCGCUGAAGAGCUUGGGGUCGAGAUUUACCCCGGGUUCGCGGGAGCUCAGCUGCUGUACUCAGACAAGGGCGUAACGGGAGUCAUCACGAACGAGGUCGGUUUGGAUAGGCAGCGGCGGAUGAAGAGUACAUUCGAGGCAGGCAUGGCUUUCAAGGCCAAAGUGACACUCCUCGGCGAGGGAGCGCACGGCUCGCUUUCUAAGACUGUCAUCUCGAAGUACAACUUGAGGGCGAACUCUCAACCUCAGACGUACGGAAUCGGGGUCAAGGAAGUCUGGAGAGUGGACCCGGAGCAACAUCAGCCAGGCAAAGUUGUUCAUACAUUGGGAUGGCCACUCGACUUCCGGACUUAUGGGGGUUCGUGGGUAUAUCAUAUGGACGACGGGCUUGUCAGCUUGGGGAUAGUUAUUGGUUUGGACUACAAGAACCCAUACUUGAGUCCCUACCGGGAGCUGCAGCGUUUGAAGCACCACCCAUACUUUAGGGAGCUUCUUUCCGGCAACUCGACGCGACUUGCAUACGCCGGUCGCACUCUUAACGAAGGUGGUCUACAAUCAGUGCCCCAACUCCACUUCCCCGGAGGCGCUCUCAUCGGUUGCUCCGCCGGUUUCGUUAACCUCGCUAAAAUCAAAGGAACUCACAAUGCCAUGAAGUCAGGUAUGCUCGCUGCUGAGGCAGCGUACAAGGCUGUUCAAUCGGAUGCGGACGAGGUGGCAGACAUGUCUUCCUACACGGAGGCGUACAAAGACUCGUGGAUCUAUAAGGAUCUUCACGAAGUUCGCAACCUCCGUCCUUCAUUCAACACGGCCCUUGGGCUGUACGGCGGCAUCAUGUACAGUGGUGUCGAUAGCCUGUUCCUCAAGGGACGCGUACCGUGGACAUUCAAACACACUUCUCACAUACCGCCUCCGAAUACAGCGCUCGACGCCCUCGAGACGGAGCCUGCGUCACGCCACAAGCCCAUUGAUUAUCCCCCAUUCGAGGCCCCGUUGUCAACAGACCUCAUGACCAGUGUUGCCUUGACGGGCACGAAUCACGCUGAAGAUCAACCCGUGCAUCUUCGUGUCAUGAAAACUGGCGCCGGUGAAACUGAUGAAAGCAAAGAGCGAAGGCUUGAGCAUGUCCGCGUCAAUGUAGGCGAGUACGCUGGGCUGCUCGGCAGAGCUUGCCCUGCCGGUGUCUACGAGUAUGUCGACGCCGAAGGGGAGGGUAAGGCUAUCGAGGAUCAGAGUUGGAACGGCAAGAAGCUGGUCAUCAACUCCCAAAAUUGCAUUCACUGCAAGUUGUGCGACAUCAAAGUACCUACGCAAGAUAUUACAUGGACCGUCCCAGAGGGCGGCGGAGGACCGAAAUACACUGUUACAUAG